AUGGUUAAUAAUAUUCCAACCUUACGUUAUUUAGAAAUUACUGCAGUAUCUGAUACUUCUGCAGAAUUAUUACUUAAAGUAAUUGAUUCAUUUAUUUUACAAAAAGGAUUGCCUGCAAAUAAAUUAUAUUAUUUAGAAAGUGAUGGAACGUCAAAUAUGAUAG